GCAACCGGUGCAGCAGCGGCGGCGGCGGCGGCGGUGGUGUGGAGGCGGUGGAACAUGGCUCUGUACGGAAAUAAAUAACGGGACCGUGGAGAGGAUAGUGUUUAAACCGGAGAGGACGCCUCAAAAACAACGGCGAAAAAGAGGACGAGAAGAAAGAGGAAAGAAGAGCUGAAGUCAGUGCCACACGUUGCAGUGUUGAUGUUGGUAUUUGGCCACGAAUACCUGCCGAAAAUAGUCCCGACGUCCUUUAUUGAGGCUCCUCUGUCCUGUGUGACCCCCUGACACAGAGAGGAUGGUGAUGGAGGAGGGGGGUCAGAGAGACAGAGGGAGGGGGAUCCCAACCAUGGCAGCAGCAGAGGGGAGGCAGAUCUUUACGGAGCUUGCGGAGCAGAACUUUGAUGCCAUUUGUCUCUCUACGUAUCGAACAGCCUGCAAGCUCAGAUUUAUACAGAAGAGAUGCAACCUGCAUCUGAUUGACAUAUACAAUGUGAUCGAGGCGGUGCGGGACGCUGGUCUAAAUGCAGUAGAGCUGAACGCUGGCAUCUCUGUGAUCAGACUGGAGAACCUGGUGUCCUCCCUGUUCAACCAGCUCAGCAAACGCCUGCCCACCACACACACCAUCAACCCGCAAGAGAGCACCGUCCUGUUGGUCGAAUUCAUACUGGCUGCCGUAGACAGUGAGCCAGAAAGCCGCCUGACGGUUCUCUCUGUGAAGGCGAUGCUGGCUACACUGUGUGGAGGGAAGCUGGUGGAUAAACUUCGCUAUGUGUUUUCUCAGGUAUCUGACAGCAGUGGUGUGUUGGUACAAUCCAAGUUUGAUGGUUUUUUGAGGGAGGCUCUCAAGCUGCCCACUGCUGUACAUGAAGGACCGUCCUUUGGCUACACACACACCUUAGCACGCUCCUGCUUCCCACAACAUAAGAGAGUGAUGCUCAACAUGUUCCUGGACGUUGUAGCUGACCCUCCUCAGUGUCUCGUCUGGCUGCCUCUGAUGCACCGCCUGGCCAAUGUGGAGCAUGUCUAUCAUCCCGUGUCAUGCUCCUACUGUCGUGGCAAUGGCAUGACAGGCUUCCGCUAUCGCUGCCUCCGUUGUCGUGGUUACCAGCUUUGCCAGAACUGCUUCUGGCGCGGCAACGCCAGCGGCUCUCAUAGCAACCAGCAUCAGAUGAAGGAGCACUCAUCCUGGAAGUCACCGGCGACAAAGCUUGGCCGGGCCCUGAGCAGGACUCUGGGCUGUGUAUCAUCCAGGGAGGCCCCCCACCCAAUAUACCCAGAGGAACCUGAGCGGACCCUUAACCUCUCCAACAUAGUCCCUUCUAGACCUAUUGGGAACCCCAGCGAGGCCAUGUUGCUGUCCCCACCACCGCCUGAGUCCUCCAAGAGUUUGUCAGCAGCUCAGCGUAUGAACGAGGAGCACGCUCUGAUUGCUGCGUAUGUGAAUCGCCUCCAGAGCAGCCCACGUGGUAUGGACAGUCCCAGCAGGCAAGAUGAAGAGCACAAACUCAUCGCUCGCUACACGUCCCGACUGGCAGAGACUGACGGCUCAGGAGUGAUACCAAACAGAAGCAUCAACUUCGACGUGAACAAACAGAAGAGGGAGCUCAUUGCUCAGCUGGAGUGUAAAAACAGAGAGAUCUUGGCAGAGAUCAAGCGUCUCCGUGCGGAGCAUGACGCAGCGUGCCAGCCGAGCCCAGAGAAAGGCACCACCAACCCAACUCUGCUGGCCGAGCUUCGCCUGCUCAGGCAGAGGAAAGAUGAACUGGAGCAGAGGAUGUCGUCUCUGCAAGAGAGCAGGAGGGAGCUGAUGGUGCAGCUCGAAGGACUGAUGAAGCUGCUCAAGGAUGAGGAGCAGCGACAGGCAGCGCAGGCGGCUGGCUCUUCUCAUGCCUCUCCCUCUCGGCCGAGCCCUUCAACCGUCCGCUCUGUAGGUGCUGUAUCUCCUCAGGCUCACAUGUAUCCUCCUCAAGACUCCCUCGCCGGGGUCGGUGGUGAUGUACAAGAGGCUUUUGCUCAAGGCCCAAGAAGAAACCUGAGGAAUGACCUUCUGGUGGCAGCUGACUCCAUCACCAACACUGUGUCCUCGCUGGUCAAAGAGCUCCACUCUGAUGACGGUCGGGAGGAGGAGGAGAGAUUGCUGAAUGGGAAGGACAGAGCAGGUUAAAUGCUGGCAGUACAAACAAAAAGAACAGAGUGGUGUUUCAUCACGGCCAAAGAAGACUGACUGAAUAUAUCUUCUAGUAUUCAUCGUUAGCUAAUGGGGAAUUAGAACUCCAAUCAACCAAUCACGAUGCUGGACACCAAAUGACCGCCGGGUCCCUACUGAUGUAUAGCUGUGAUUCUGUGUGUGUCUUGUCACUGUGGUUUUCCUUUUGUUUUGAUUUGAUCAUGCAUAGCUAAAUGAGGAAUCUGAAACCUACUGAUUUGUACUGUAGCAUGUGUGUGUGCUCUGCGUUUUUGAGGUGCAAGAGGGUCGAGUAAGUGAGGGGGGACGCCGCGAAGGGAAGGAAAGAUGUGUUUUGUGAAAGAUAAACGUGCAAGAAAGUUUCAGGAUCAGGAUGGAGAAACUGUAUGUAACCGCAUUUGAGAGGGGGAAAAAAGCGUAGGAUAAAACAAAAGAAAGUCAGGAAGACGAGAAGCGAGCUGUAAAGUUUUAAGUUUCGGCACUGUGUGCUUAGUAUUUAUUGCUUUGAUUUGAUUUUUCGCCAUUUAUUCAUUCGGUUUGAGUGUUUUUGUGUAUAUGAGUGUCGUCAGGCCCUGCUGAGACAAUAAGCUUUAAUGGGACGUUUCCUGCUGCAUCAAGCCAAGCUGCCCUCCUGGGCUGAGGUAACAGGGUGGAGAGUGGAGGUCCCAGUCCUGGUGUCUGAAACCACAGACUGUACAUAAAGAUAGAUGACAUCUCAACACUCCGUACUAAACUGAAGCCAAAAUGUUGUGGAGAUAGGUGCUGUCUAGCUAUCUACAUAUCAGCUACUCCCCCACUUCGAUUGGCUGUGCUCUUAGCUCUGUAUCUUCCACCCUGUUGUUCCGACUCUGAUUGCAUAUAACGUGACCGGUGCAAGAUGGCAGCACCCAUUUCAAAGAAAUUUUGGCUUCACUUCUAGGGAAUUGUCAUGUCUGAAACCUGGAUGAGAUUAGUGUCGUCGGUGCUGGUAUGAUAGCAGCUCAGGUUAUCCAGGCUUCUCUGUGUGUUCCGGUACUGCAGUGGGUCUAGAGUCAAAGAGGAGAUAUCUGAUAUCUGUGGUGUUAACUGUGUGUGUGUGUGUGUGUGUGUUUGUGUCUGCAUGUGUGUGUGUGUGUUUGUGUCUGCAUGUGUGUGUGUGUGUGUGGCUUCAGCAGGGUCAGUUUAGCAAAAGUGUAGUAAAGUUGGAAAAAUUUACCUCUACCACUUUUUUUUUUUUUUUUUUUUUGCUGACAUUUGGUGCAGGAGAUUUGAUCAGGGAGCCUCAGCAGUUGCCAUCAUUAAUGUUAGACACCACGAAGAAUGACAAUUUUUACCUGACCUCGUGAAAAAUUUUUAGGACAGGAUCAGUGUAACGGUUUUAAAAUGCUUUAUCUAAAAGUCAGAAAGUGUAGGAACCACCACUGUUUGGUUUAUUUUGUCCAGGUUUUGAGAUACUGAAUCUUCCUCCUCAGAAUUUUACAUCCGUGUGGAUAAGCUGGAGGGGAAAAGGAUCUGCUUUGUCGUGCUCUGACGUAUGAAGGAACAAAAACAAUGUUAUUCUAUAUCAUCCACGAAGCACACAGUGAUCAGUUUUACUGUAAGGGUUUUAAUUGUGUAAGAAAUUUGUUAAUGGUUUGGGUGAAGUGGUCCUUUAGGAAAAACUUUGAUAACUCUUGGUUAACGUCACAAAAGGAUGUUAUGGUGUUAUUUUAAUUUGUUGCAGCUGUUUAAAUGCUUUUUUGCCAUUUCUACCAAAGUCCAAAGAUGAGGAUACCCAUGAGCUUCAGCGAUCACUGCUGUGGUGAAAAAGACACCUAGAUGCUUCAAGCAGAGCUAUAGCAAACUUAAAACGCUUUAUUGUUGCAAUCUGGAGCCAAACACGGAGCUGCUGUUGCAGAAUUUAUCCAAAGCUGACCUAGAAUUGAACCCGCUGGCUGUUUCUUAAGGCAGUGCUGCAUGGGAGUUGUAGCUGAUGUCUCUCUGAGUUUAUUUUACAUUUAAACUUUUAAAGGAUUACAGUAUGAUUCACUAGUAGUCUGAUGUUCAUCCAAACCUACCAUUACUUCAAUAAACAAUGAACACUGACUGCCCAAAAAUACUUCCUCUCUGCCUUUCAAGCUUCCUCUAUAAUGCAGGGCAGUGUGGGAAUUGAAGUUCUGAGGAUGUUGAAUGUUACCCAGCAACCCAAAAGUGAGACUGAUGUCUGUUUGCAAAUCCAAUACGACCCAAAGCUACUUUUUUUUGGUUUAAUUUACCAGCUGUGAGAUACGUUUGUUUUCAACACAUUGUAGCAUUUCAGGUUUUGUUUUUUUCUUUACUGUUUUUUUACAUUUCUGGAUCGGUUUGGUUCAGUUUUCACCCGCCCUCUGUAUUGUUUGACUGACUGCUUGCCACGGGAUUAUCACAUUCUCAGCCUGCUGAAUAGUUGACUGACUGUAUGAGUGGUUUAUUAAAUGAAUGAACUCAUGUUUGGGUGUGUUUGUGUAAAAGCAAGCGAGUGAGAGAAAUUAAGUCUGACAGGACAGACGCGUCCUGACACGAAGCUGUAAACACCUUCAGCUCUGAACCUGCUGGAGUUGACGGUGUGAGUGACAAGUGUGGAUCUGUGUUUCAUCUGCAAUAAAUAAUAUUUAACAGCAAA